AUGCAGUCGGGACUUUGCCAUUGUGUGCGGCGCGUUGCCGCACUUGGUAGUGUCGCAAACUUACAUCAUUUCACCAACCUUCCCUCAGGAUUUUCCGUUUGGACGUCACGGCGCUGGCAAUCGCAGAGCUCCCGCGGCCAACCCGGGCUGCAGUGGCAGGAGGGUGUGGUGGAUCCGCGGUAUUCUUCCUCUGGUAACAUGCGGCGAUUCAACCCGGAUACAGUCGCACACUACGUGAAGGCGACUAUUCAGAAUGACCGGCGUGAGAUGGGCCUUGGGGAAGUAUACGACUGGCAUGAGUUUGCGAAGGAUGCUGUAUAUAUUCCCACACGCUCCGGGCCGUUGUGGGUGGGGAGUGAUGACCCCCGAUGUGCCAAGUUCAUGAGACGCCGCAGCAAAAUGCAAAAGACACCACAACAAAAGGCGCGACCAAAACCAGGUCCUGACCCGGCGAAGGCACUUGAGGAUCACCCACUCAGGGAAUACUUCACCACAGCCACAAACCUCCGCGACCCACUAAGCACGGCAAACAAUCUGCACCGAGCGGGACUCAUUCGUGAGUACGAUAUCAAGUAUACAGCGGCUAAGGUUCGGUAUGUACCACGCCCCCCUGUUGUCUCCAUAAUGGGUCAUGUGGACCACGGCAAGACCACCUUGUUGGAUUACCUUCGAAAAACAAAUGUGGCCUCCCAGGAGGCUGGUGGCAUCACACAAAAUGUUGGGGCGUUUCAGGUGAAAACCCUUGGUGACACUCUCGUGACAUUCAUCGAUACACCGGGCCACGCGGCGUUCACUACCAUGCGUGAGGUGGGCGCCACAGCCAACGACCUUAUCGUCCUCGUCGUGUCCGCUGUAGAUGGGGUUCAACCACAAACAAAAGAAGUGAUUGAGCUUGCACACAAGUCAGGCAUACCUUUUGUUGUCGCCUGCACCAAAAUUGACCGCCAACCAAGGGUGGAGAAUGUGAAGCAGCAGCUGCGUGAUUGCAAUGUGGAACUUGAGGAGGAUGGCGGCGACACGCAGUUUGUUCCGGUGUGCGCUCGGGAUGGUCGGGGUGUUCCUGAGCUCCUUGAGGCCAUCGCGUUGCAAGCCGAACUUUGCGAGAUAAGUACGCCCGAGCCGUCAAGGUGUGAAGUAACUGUGAUCGAAACAAAUGGCGUUAACACGACAACUGAGGUAGCGGGUAUUGUACGUUGUGGUAAGGUGCGUGCCGGUCAGGUGCUUGUAGCUGGUAUGACGUACGCUGUGGUCCGAAAGGUUUUAGAUGAGCACGGCCAGAUUAUACAGGAGGCCGGCCCGUCGCAGCCUGUAGUGUUGCAUGGUUUUCGUGUCCACCCCAAGCCGGGAUCGGUCCUUUUGCAGGUGAGCAGCGAGUCUCAUGCCCAAAAGUUUUAUCACUUUAUGAAGGAGGUUUACCAGGCGGAAGGGCGGCGGGAAGACUACCUGCAGUUACUAAAUCAGGAACAGCACGGCAUGUUAUAUGCACGUAAACCUGAUAAUAACCUUGUGCGUACGUACAGCACGCAAGCCUUUGUGCUCUCGUGUAAGGCCGCCACUUUCGGCAUGCUGCAGGCGCUGAUGAAAUCCAUCUAUGAGAUUCCUAGAUUGGAAGGCAUUUCCACAGAGAUAAAAGUGACUGAGGUUGGUGGGUUGCGGGAUUAUGAUGUUGCUCUCAUUGGUAGUUCCGGGCAGCCUGGUUGCAUUUUGUUGUACGGUGGUUGUAAGGAUACCAACACGCUGGAUGUUCCCAGUCACGUGACGGUGAUUCGGUUCAAUGUUCUGUAUCAUGGACUUGAGGCCUUAAAGGAGACAUUGGUGGGAGCGCUGCCAAAGAUAACGAAAAUUCGUGUCACAGCAGAGGCAGAGUGUCUACAGGUGUUCCGCGCGUCGCAAGCCGGCAAGAGCGGGAAUGCUGGUGGUAUGCGGGUUACAAAAGGAACGAUUAUCGCAGCUCACCUCACUUUUCGUGUGUGUCGGAAGGCGCCCCUUGUCAAGGGCACUGCAGAAACUGACGGCGUUAGUGAUAAUGAGGGUGUUGGUGAUGAAGAUAUGCUUGGCCACCGCGUUGUGGUGUAUGAGGGGCAAAUUAAGGAGCUACGUCGCUUUAAGGAGCUCGUCCCUUCCGUCGAGCUUGGGUUGGAAUGCGGUGUAAUUAUGCAGGAUGAAUUCCAAUUCCGCACAGGGGACAUUCUCCAGCAGUAUGAGACUUACGAGGAGCCACGUGAUGUGGCUGAGGAGUACCAAAAGGCUGAGCUACGGGAAAAAAUAAUGCGUGACACAGCAGCAGCCGAGGCACUGUUGGCAGAAAGCACGGGUGGGGAAGAUAAACCCACUGAAGAAUCCGAAGUGAAGACCACCAUAUGA